UUUACCGAGCGGUAGAGUUCAAAUCGCUAUAUUUAAUAUAUUUCCCUUGAUUAUACAUUUUCAGUUUAUCGAGUGAAGUUUUGCGCGUGCGACCGAAAUAGCCCGGGCCGCAAGCUGUAACAUUCAGUUGCGCGGAUGAUGGCGCCGUGAGAGUCGCUCGCGGCCAUGGUGUGCCACAGAUGGACGUUAGUUGUAAUAUUAUUAUGUAUUCCCCUCCUAGUGACAGUGAUAAGUGCAUUCCGUGUGCGGCUGCCAGGAUAUUCCCACGACGGUAAAGCGGAUUUGAAAAAACACAAAUGUGAAAAUUGUGAAGUGAAUGAACCUAACCUUGACCAAAUUGUAAACAUUAAAAGGCCAGAUAUCGUGAAACAUUCUAGCGAAAAUGUGAAGAGGCUUCUCUCUAGCGAUACGAAAGCCAAGAAAACUCCCGCCGCCGAUAAACAUGUAACAAGUGACACAAAACUAGGCCUUAAAAGUAAACAAGAAGUAUCAAACGAUAAAAAUACGAAUAUAAAAAAACCAGUGUUUGUGUUUGAUUUUGGUGAUGAUGAUUCCGAAGAUAUAGACGACGACGAUGGUGAUGAACUGGAUGAUGGUGCAGAAAAAGCAAUUUUGAAGUCCUCUGACUUAAAAUCAGAUUAUAUUGCAAAAUUAAAAUCAUCUCACGAACAUUUAAAUAAAAUUAUUAUUGAGAAAAAGCAAAAAGAAGAUGACGAGAAUGAUGUUGACGAAGCUAGUGUAGAAGAAGAUGACAAUAACGAUAAUGAUGACGACGAAGACGAUGAUGACGACGACGAUGAUGAUGAUGAUAAUGAUGAUGAAAAUGAUAGCAAGAGCAGUUUAAAAAGAGACGCGCUUGGUGAUGAUGACGAUGAUGAUGGUAACGACAAUGACGACGAUGAUGAUGAAGACGACGAUGAAGAUGAUGACGAUGAUGACGACGAUGAUGAUGAAGAUGAUGAAGAUGAGGACGAAAAGGAAGAAAGUAGUUAUGAGCGGAUGAUAAAACUAAUCAAGAAAAGAACUAGCGAAGCUGUAAAAGGUCGUUCGAGUGAAGAUUUAAGUGAUGAAAAUUCAAAAACUAAUAAUGAAAUUGAAAAACUUAAGCUCCUAAUACACACAAGUGAAGCUGAUUUACCAGAAAAAUCCCAUUCAAAGGAAAAAACCGACAAAAAGGACACAAAAACAUUAGAUUCUAAAAAGUCAAAAGUAUUAUUAGAAGAAAAACAACACAAAACUGAAAAAGAAAAAAAGAAACCGAUGGAAAAGUCUAAGCCAGAGACUUUAAUAGACCAGAAAAGCAAGGUAAAGGAAAGUAUUGAUCCGAAAAAAGAUAAGCCUACCACAUUACAGGAAAAGUUAAAGCCGUCAAAAAAAGAUGACGAGAAAACACUCAUCAAUGAUAAACAAGUUAAAAAGGGUGAUAAUAAAAAAGCAGAAGAAGUGAAAUUACCAAAAAAAGAAGAUAAAGUUAAACUUACAAGUAAUAUUGAAAAGUCUACUAAAGAAACUUUGGAAAAAAGCAAAGACAAGAAACCGGAGGGUGAUGAUAAAGCAAAAGUUAUUCAGAAAGAACUCAAAAUCGAACCGAAAGAAAAACCACUUCUUAUUCCAAAAACUUCAGCAGAAAAAUCAAGUGGAAACGAACGGAAACGUAGAGAUUCGCAGGAAUCUAUAAGUAAUAUAGAGAAGCUUUUGAAGAAACGUGAAACAAAAGAAAGAGAUGAAGUUAAAAAAAACGAGAAGAAGAGUGAUAUCCAAUUCAUGACCGACGCUCUAAGAAGAAGGAAUUUGCUGCAGAGUGAAUUCGAGGAUAUGUACGCGUUUUUACCAUCAUUCGCACCAAAUUUCUCCCGAAUACACAACGCCGAAUGUCGACGCCACGGCCAAAUAUUGCUGAGACAACUACGAGGCACCAAACUAUGGGCAUUAAAUAUGUUGGAUGCGACGGCGAAAAUACCCUCGGGGCUGUUACAAGGCAACGGCAUACAGUUGGGCGACUUCGACCAGUGCCUCGGCACCCGGGCCAGGGUACAGCUCGACACGGGCAGCGUGGUCAAACUCCAGGGGAAGUACUGUCUGGCCAUGCUGGACGUUAAAGCGAACGUGCCAGAGCUGGAGGUACCCGUGUAUUUGGCGCAGGGAAAACAUCUCUUCAAGAGCAGACUGGACGAUCCAGGUCACUUCGUACCAAGAUUUUCUACGCUGAGCUGGGGCGUCUGCGUACCCUCGCCCUGCGAGCCCCAGGAUGUGGAGCUGAUGCUGCGGGAUGCUGUCAAGCAUUACCAGAAGAAGCUGGGCGUGACGAUACGGAUCAAGGUGGAAGAACACGACUGCCAUGUGAAGCAAGGCGACUGGGAGGAUUGGCUGGAACUACCCACUAUAUUUACUUUAUCAUACUAUUUGGUGGUUGUGCUGAUAGUAAUAGUAGCAACAGUACAGGAGUACUUAGCCAGGCACAGUUCAGAGAGUUCAGAGGAGGAAGAAAAGGAUGGGGAAAAAGAACCAGAAGAGAGUGAAAGCAAGGAGAGUACGGAUGGUUUCUUCGCAGCCUUCUCCCUGUACAGCUCCAUCAACAAGCUGAUAGCUCCGGCCAACGAGAGCGAGAUCGCCUGCAUCCACGGCCUGCGGGCUAUCGCGACGGUAGCCCUGCUGGUCGCACACAAGUUCCUGCCUGUCGCCGUCACACCUUACAACAAUAGGUUGAAGAUCAGCGAGAUAGUGUCAUCACCACUUCUGUCCUGGUGCCGCGCUGGCUGGAUCUUCACCGACUGCUUCCUGCUGCUCAGCGGGGCCCUCGCCUCGUAUAGAACGUCCAAGGAUGACAGCGUCAUCGCCAAAGUGCUGUCAAAGUAUUUGAGGUUAACCCCCGCGCUGCUAGCCGUGGUCCUGUUCUACGCGUACGUGUGGGACAACAUCUCCGUAGGGCCAAUGUGGGGCACUCUGGUGACCAGGAACGCGGAGAUCUGCCAGGAGAGCUGGUGGUGGAACAUCCUGUAUGCGCAGAACUACCUCGCCUUCCAGGAUAUGUGCGCUCCUCAAACCCACCAACUGGCUCUGGACCUGCAGCUCACUGUCCUGGGCGGCAUCAUUAUCUGGGCGAUUCAAUCCGAGGUCUACCUGGCUGGAGCCGUCAUGCCCGCCCUGCAUUUGCUGUCGGGGUACUGGAGGUACACCACGUAUAGAGACCACCGUCUGACAUCGCUAGCGUAUCAGGGAGUAAGUGUGAGUCAACUGUAUCGGACGGGUACGUUGAGCUACACGUCCACCUUCGCUCGAUGUACUCCAUACCUAAUCGGCCUCAGCUUAGGAAUCAUGCUUAGAAAACCACAGAAAAUUGGUAAGUUCCUCCUGACUCUGGGCUGGCUGGUCUUUGCUGUGCUCUGGGGCGGCGUGCUCUGGGCGGGCGCGGACGCAGGCGAUCUACAGUACAGAUAUGACGUCACAUUUGCGGCGCAGUACGCGACGUUCGCUCCGCUCGCCGCCGGCCUGUCCUUCGCUUGGCUCAUCUACACCGUGCACAAUGGAUAUUUUAGUAUUCUUGCCAGUUUACUAAGUAGCCGACCGCUUCUCUUCAUAAGUCGAAUUUCUUACGGUCUCUACCUUACACAAUUUAUAGUGUUCCUAACUAACUCGGCGAUUGUGAAAACUUCCAGAGAAUUCACUAUUAUUUCCCUGUUUGAUAUUCACGAGAUAUCAACGAUACUCUCCAUAUCCAUUAUUCUGACUAUCCUUUUCAUAAUACCUCUUCAGUCGCUCCCACGAAUUUCAUUCACAUUUAAAAAAGAAGAUGAAAGUGAGAACCAAGAAGAAUCCGAGCCCGCAAGCGAGACAGAAGAAAAAGAGGAGGAAAGUAAACCUGAAGUGAACAACGUAAAAGAAGAAAGACAUACGAGAAACUCUUUCAUGGCUCACAGAGAAAUAUUAGAGGAGAUACCGGAGGCUGAUGUAGAAUACGAGGAGCAGAGAGACGUGAACGAAGGAUUAGAGGGAAUCGUCGAGGAGGAGGAGGAAGAUGUGGAAGAGGAAAUGAUGGAGAGGAUCGAGGAUGAGGAAUUAGAGGUGAUCGAGGAAGAAGAGGGUGGGGAGGACUAUUGGACGGAGAGAGAUGAGAGCCAUGGAUACUCGAGAUACAACCAAGACUCGGAGGAGUGGGAGUGGACUGACAGGAACGACGGUACCGGCCCCCAGAGAUACCGCUACACCAGAUAACGAAUGUGUUAUUUAUUCUAAAUAAAUCGAUAUUAUUUAUAA